GCAGAGCAUCGGGGCCCCUCCUGUGCCCCCUGCUUCCUCCCCUUUCUGUGCCCUUACCAUGGAGAAUGUGCUGCCGUCUGCAGUACUGGAAAUCUGCGUGCUGGUUGGAGUCUCCAGGGAUAAAGUGAAAGAAGUCUGCCAGGCAGCUCAGAAAAAUGAUGUGAAGAACUUUCCUUCCUUUGAACCAGAAGUCCUUUCCGUUUUUGUUCCUCCGUUUAUCAGCAAACAGGAAUUUCAGGCAACGACUAUAAAUAGCAAUGCAUUCAAUAAAACAAAACGCCGCUCCUUUCGGAAGAAAAAAGAUAAAUCAAAGAUUGAAAGUGCAAGGACUCUGAAUGGAGCUCAGAAAGUGUCGGAAACUGAGGAUAUCAGCGUCCCCAAAGAUGUUGACCUUAAUGGAUUACCGCAGCUCUGCUUUCCAGGAGGGUUUUUUGUAACAAGCGAAUCAAUGGAGGACCAUAUCCAUUUCCUGGUUUUCACAGACGUUUUUGGUAACAGAACAUAUGGUGUCGUUGCACAAUAUUACCAGCCUGCUCAAAAUGGACACAUCUCUUCCAAUGGGCAGGUUCACUGGGAAGCUGCACAGACUUCUAAAGCUGCUGCUUAUUUUGUACCAUACGCGAUUUGUGUCAUAUCCAGGUACCCAUACUUCAAUUCCCUGAAAGACUGUCUGUCUUGUUUACUGGUGCAGUUGAAGCCUUACAAAGAUUUAGAUGUGGAUGAUCACAUAAAAGAAUUUGCUGCAAAGCUGUCUUUAAUACCCACUCCUCCCCCAGGACCACUACACUUGGUAUUUCAUAUGAAGCCACUCCAGGUAAUUUUUCCAUCUCAGGAAGACCCUGACAGUCCGCUUAUUGAUCUGGAUCUUCAUCUCCCCUUCUUGUGCUUCAAACCAGAGCAGGUGUUACAGAUUAUGACGUGUAUUUUAACUGAACGCAAAAUAGUUUUCUUUUCUUCUGACUGGUCGUUGCUGACGCUCAUAUCUGAGUGCUUCAUGCUGUACCUUCAUCCUAUCCAGUGGCAGCACACUUUCGUACCUAUUCUGUCCCAUCAGAUGUUGGAUUUUGUCAUGGCCCCGACAUCCUUCCUCAUGGGCUGUCACCUCGAUCACUUUGAAGUAGUUAGUAAGGAAGCUGAUGAUUUAAUUCUAAUUAACAUUGAUCAUGGGGAAAUUGCACAAUCCAAAUCAUUUGAAGAUGAGUCUGACAUUCCAGAUAUCCCACUGAAAGCAGCUGAAAUAUUCAUAACCAGGAUUGAAGGCCUUCAGCUGCAUUACGAUCUCGAGCGCUGCCACUUGGGCUCCUGCACAGACCUGGGCGAAGUACAGAUCCGUAGGAGGAACUGGCAACAGAAGCUGAAUUCCGAAAUCCAGCAGAUCACUCUACAGUUGGUAGUUAAUAUAUUUAGGGAGGUGAAAGAGCACCUGAAUUACGAACACAGAGUAUUUAAUAGUGAAGAAUUUAUGAAAACAAGAGCACUAGGCGAUCAGCCGUUUUAUAGGAAGGUACUGGAAACCUAUAUGUUUCAUUCUUUUCUCAAAGCUCGCCUUAACAGAAGGAUGGAUGCUUUUGGUCGCCUGGAGCUGAGCACUCAAAGUGAAGAAGACAGCUCUAUGCUCGAAAGCCCAAGGAGACUAACCAUGGAGAAAAUGGUUUCUAAAAGAUUUAAUCCUGAGCAUAUGAUCAGCAAACGUAUGGGGAUGAGCUUGCCCAAUCUGCAAGAUAUCAAGCCGAAGGAUUAUCCAGCUAGGAAUUCAUCUCUUCGGAGUAUAAACACCAAGCCUGCCACAAAACUGAUUUCUAAAUCAGUGAGCACUUUCAAGAUCCCAGAAAUCCACUUCCCUUUAGUGGGCCAGUGUGUUUACUCCUACUACAUUGAUUUUGUCAACCAUCUCAGCAGAGCUAUCAACAUUUUGCACCCCGAGAACUCGGCGUUGCUGGCUAGGUAUUUCUACCUCCGAGGGCUUAUCGGUUUGAUGCAAGGGAAGCUUCUGAAUGCCCUUUCGGAUUUCCAGAAUCUGUACACGACAGAUGUAAGGAUAUUCCCCACCGAUCUGGUGAGGAAGGUGGUGGAAACACUUCCUCCUUCGGACCGCGCCCAAGCGGAUCAACGGCCUGAACUGAAGAGGCUGAUAAGUCAGGUGCUGGACAAACAAAGGGAAAUCACCAAAGUGGACGACCACGUGAAAAACUUUGAGUUGCCAAAAACUCACAUGCAGCUGGAUGACUUUGUGAAACGAAUUCAAGAAUCGGGGAUCGUCAGAGAUAUCGACACUAUACACCGGUUGUUUGAUGCGUUAACUGUAGGCCACCAGAAACAAAUAGACCCAGAAACUUUUAAAGACUUCUACAAUUACUGGAAGGAGACGGAAUCAGAGGCGCAAGACGUAAACCUACCACCCGCCGUAGUUGAACACCUAGACAAAAACGAAUGCGUCUACAAGUUGUCAGCCUCGGUUAAAACCAACAAAGGGGUUGGGAAAAUAGCUAUGACUCAGAAGCGCUUGUUUCUCUUGACUGAAGGAGGUCGGCCGAGCUAUGAAGAGAUCACCACCUUCAGAGACAUAGAGGAAGUGAAAAGUACUACAGUUGCCUUUCUUCUCCUCAGAAUUCCUACUCUCAAGAUAAAAGCCAUGUCUAAGAAAGAAAUAUUUGAAGCAAAUCUUAAGGCCGAGUGUGACCUUUGGCACUUGAUGGUGAAGGAGAUGUGGGCGGGGAAGAAAAUGGCAGACGAUCACAAGGAUCCUCAGUACAUUCAGCAAGCUCUUACCAAUGUUCUUCUGAUGGACGCAGUAGUAGGUGCCUUACAGUCUUCCAAGAAUAUAUAUGCCGCUUCCAAACUGUCGUAUUUUGACAAGAUGAAGAACGAAGUGCCCAUGAUGGUCCCCAAAACGACAGCAGAAACACUGAAGCACAAGAUCAACCCAUCCGCUGGGGAAACUUUCCCACAGGCCGUGGAAUUCUUGCUUUACACACCCGGGCAGCUCGAUCCAGUGGAAAAGCAUGGCGAUGCCAAUCCCAAGCUGUGGUGUGCUUUGGAUGAGGGGAAGGUGGCUGUCUUCGAUGCAUCUACAUGGUCCAAACAACACUGUUUUAAAGUCGGAAGCUCUAAAUUGAAAUGCAUGGUCAUGGCAGAGCAGAGUCAAAUCUGGAUUGGUUCCCAAGACUCCAUUAUCUACAUUAUCAACACCCAUAGCAUGUCUUGCAACAAGCAGCUGAAUGACCAUCGCUCUGAAGUCACAGACAUCAUUGUACAGACUAAAGACAGCUUGUCCAGUGAGGCAUAUUCAUGCAGCGUUGAUGGGACGGUGAUUGCCUGGAACGUCAGCACCUUGAAAGUCAACCACCGGUUUCAGCUGCCCUGCGAGACUCUGACUUCCAUCAAGUACCACAACAGCCGCCUUUGGUGCUGCAUAGGAAGCUGUAUUCUCGUCGUCACAACAAACGGCAUCGUUCGGCAGAAAGUAAAAAUGGAAGACUACGUGGGGGAUCCCUCCCCGUCCUUGCUCUCGUUCCAGCUGUUUCCUGAGAGGGAUCAAGUGUGGGCCUCGUGCUCAGGGAAUCCUGACCUAUACAUCUGGAAUAUGACAGAUCUCUCGACGCCCUCUCAGAAGAUUAGCCUGCAGGACUGUGCCGAGAUCACCUGCAUGUUGAGAGUAAAAAAUCAGAUGUGGGUUGGUGGCAGAGGACUCUCUCAAGGCAGAAUCAAAGGAAAGAUCUACGUGGUCGAUGCCGAAAAGAAAACCGUGGAGAAGGAGCUGGUCGGGCACAUUGACAUGGUGAAGGCUCUCUGCUCUGCUGAGGACAGAUACAUUCUCAGCGGCUCCGGGAAGGAGGAAGGGAAGAUUGCCAUCUGGAAGGUCGAAUAGGCUCAAAAGUUUUCACAGUUUUAAGCCUCGGAUACAAGAAGGGGGUGGGAUUCUGUUAGCUUCAGUCCUUUGUGUGUGUUUUAUUCUUCAGUGUUUUUAAUUUAUUAGAACAGUAUUCGGUGCAAUUACGUUACUGAACUAUGAAGCAGCAGA